AUGAGUGGAACUGAGAAGGAACAGAAGGAGGGGCGAAAGCGUCGAGGCGGCGGUGAGGGAUAUGAAGCACACGAAGAUCCCGCUGCAAAAUAUUCGAGAGCGACUGAAGAAGAGGAGUACAGGCAUGCCCGAAUGCUCAACGAGAACUUGACCGAAACACUGAUG